UCUCCAGCAGACUGCCGAAAGGGCGCAGCGCGUUCCUGGGCGAGCGGUCGGGACCCGCGCCGAGCUGCGAUUGGAUGCGCCGCGUCAGGCACCCGCCAGAAAUACAAAAGCGCUGGAAAGGGGAGGGGGCCGUUCUUGUUAGUCGAAGGCUUUGGCUUUAUUCUGUCUCCCCGUCUCCUCCCCACUCCAUGCCGGGGUUCUCUCGGCAGCUCGCCUCGGCUCGCACGCGCGGCCGGGAGUUGGCGCAAGCCUCACCUCUGCCACCUCGCGUGGGUCCCCGCCCAGCCUCUCUACCUUCCCCUGCUCCCUCGGCUCCUGCCAUGGGGCCAGUUUGGGGCUCCUAAGAGUUGCAGCCUCUUGGCCACGCGCUCUCCGGCCAAAGUCCCCAGGAGAGUGAUAUGGCUUAGGGUGCAAGAGGGGGCAGCCUAGAACCAAAGGAAAGGGGAGGGGAAGGCCAAUUGUGGAAAAAGAAGCCAAACCAUGAGUUACCAAAAGAAGGACCGGGUGACCACCCUGUGCCAGAAGGCGCUGCACAUCAUCAACGAGCUGUGUUUCGCCGGCCGGGUGGAGAGGGAGAAGUGCUCGGGCAUCAUCUCCUCGGAGAGGAGCAGCCAGGGCGCCGGCAGCACAGAUGUUUCGGUCAGCUUGUUAGCAGUUGUUGUCAGCUUUUGUGGCCUGGCUCUGCUGGUUGUCUCCCUUUUUGUCUUCUGGAAGCUGUGCUGGCCUUGCUGGAAGAGCAAACCCGUGACUUCCAACAUCAGUACUCUCCCCCAGAGCACCAUCAAUGCUCCUACUGAAGUGUUCGAGACUGAAGAGAAAAAGGAGGUCAAAGAAAAUGGAAAGCCAACACUAAAAGCUAUUGAGCCUGCAAUAAAAAUCAGUCACACUUCCCCCGAUAUCCCAGCAGAAGUUCAGACUGCUUUAAAAGAACAUUUAAUUAAACAUGCACGUGUGCAAAGACAGACGACUGAGCCUACGUCUUCUUCCCGCCACAAUUCCUUCAGGAGACACCUGCCAAGGCAAAUGCAGGUUUCCAGCGUUGACUUCAGCAUGGGCACAGAACCCGUCUUACAGAGAGGAGAAACCACCACCAGCAUUGGGAGGAUCAAACCAGAGCUCUACAAACAGAAAUCGGUUGACUCAGAGGGCAACAGGAAGGAAGACGUCAAAAUCUGUGGGAAACUUAACUUUACCCUCCAGUAUGAUUAUGAAAAUGAACUUCUGGUUGUUAAAAUGAUCAAAGCCUUAGACCUCCCUGCUAAAGACUUCACAGGAACCUCUGACCCUUACGUGAAGAUGUAUCUUCUUCCAGAUAGGAAAAAGAAAUUUCAGACCCGUGUGCACAGAAAGACUUUGAACCCCGUGUUUGAUGAAACAUUUCAGUUUCCUGUAGCAUAUGAUCAACUAAGCAACCGAAAACUACAUUUCAGUAUAUAUGACUUCGACAGGUUUUCUAGACAUGACAUGAUUGGAGAAGUGAUUCUGGAGAAUUUGUUUGAUGUCUCUGAUCUCUCCAGGGAAGCCGUGGUGUGGAAAGACAUUCAUUGUGCUACCACAGAAAGUGUAGACCUGGGUGAAAUCAUGUUUUCCCUUUGUUAUUUGCCAACUGCUGGGCGUAUGACAUUGACGGUCAUCAAGUGCAGAAAUCUGAAGGCUAUGGAUAUUACUGGCGCAUCAGAUCCUUAUGUCAAAGUAUCUCUGAUGUGUGAGGGUCGAAGACUAAAAAAGAGGAAAACAACUACAAAGAAAAACACUCUGAACCCUGUGUACAACGAGGCCAUUAUUUUCGACAUCCCCCCGGAGAAUGUGGAGCAGGUCAGCCUCUCCAUCGCAGUCAUGGAUUACGACAGGGUCGGACACAAUGAGGUCAUCGGAGUGUGCAGAACAGGACUGGAUGCUGAGGGUCUUGGAAGAGACCACUGGAAUGAAAUGCUGGCCUAUCACCGGAAACCAAUAACACACUGGCACCCCUUGCAGGAGUUACCUGGCCGGGCAACCAGUUUUGAUAGUCAAGGAUCCUGUUCCUCUCCCAAACCACCUCCCACACCAUAAUGCCUCCAGAAUAAGACCAUUGUAGUAAGGACUCGGGACCAUGUGCUCAUCAGAUCAAAAAAAAAGUAGAAGGUUUGACUUCUGGAUUUAAAAUAUGUCCUGGUAACGAGCAAACUUGAUGUGCAAUUUUGCAUUUACUUUUUUGGACAUCUUGAUACAUUUUCCUUGAAAACAAAUGGUCCUUUACUUCCAUGAGGCGUUUUAUUCUUCUCGUCAUAUACCUAUUAGCACAGAAUGUUUUAUUAAGUUGUAAUUCUUUGCAUAAGCAAGGAAAUACCUUUUUAAAAGAAUCCAUACUUAUCUAAAAUUUAGUAUAGUUUAUGCUGCCAUUGUAUAAACUAGCAUAUGACACAUAUGUGUGGUUUUGGUUUUGUUACAACUAUGUUCAUUUCCGUUAUGCACAUGUUUCUACGUAAACCUUAAGGAAAUUUUGAAUUUAAUUUGCACAGCACUAAAUCUUUUUGCAAUGAAAUUAACGUUACUUUUCUGAUAAUAUGUUCUUUCAUUCUCAGCAAACUGUUUUCUUGAUGAGGUUUGGCUCUGCUAAACUCAAAACUUUGUCUCUUGAGCCUGUUGCUUAAAACAUAGAGAUAAAGCUAUAAUUCAAAGAACCAUUUUGAAUAUAAAUUUAAGAAGUAAUGUUAAUAGCUGGAAAAUGGAAGUUGAGCCAUUUGGGCUACCAUUUUAUACUGUCUUAAUGUUAACAUUAGUUCACGCAUCUGUUGCACUGUUUAACUGAUGUUUUUAAAAUUCUAGUAAUCUUAAUCUCAAAUGUAGCAUUAGUAUUCCUAGAUGAAUAGAAUUAGAAGUCGUUCACUUUUUGUGUUUGUAAGGUUUUCAAGUACGUGACGUGUAUUUUGUGACACGAAGCUGUCACGUGGUCCCGUGUUUCCAACAGACUUCACUAGCAGACACCCGAGGCACAGCGAACAUCUGAGCUCUUCGUAGUUCAGGUUGUGCAUGGUGACGACGACUGUCCAACCCAGUCACAACCUAGUUGUUAACACUGGGUAUUUUCUUCGAGUAUGGAUGACUUGUUUUUCAGCAAAAUAUAGAAACAUACCAUAAAUAACAUAAUCUCAACAUUUAAUAAAAACUAACCAAUAAUUCUGAAGGCCCAGACCCACAGUCCUUUCAUGAGAGGCAUUUGCCUUACAUGAGGAUCAAGGGACAGGCUGCUGAUGGGAAAAACUAUGCAAAAGUUUUUAUGAGACAGACCUUUCUUUUGAAUCGAGUUGACUUUCUAUUGCAUUGUUUCUGGGCCCUAUUAGAAAGUAUCCAUGUUGAAUAACCCCAACCUUACUUUUGAGAUUUGUACUGUGCAUAGUGCGUAUUUCAAGUUUAUGCCAACAUAAGAGGUUAAAAGAACAAAACAAAAAGGCAAGAAAAUCUGUACUUACAAUAUGAAAACACCAUCACUAUGAGAAAUUGUUAUCAGCAAAUAUAAAAAUUUUAUGUUAGUAAAAUCCCACAUUUCUAAAUAUUAAAAUAUAAAAAGUUUUCAAAGCCUUGAAAUUUUGUUUAUUGGCAUCUCUCAUAAUGAUGGUGUUACAGCUCAUUAAUAUGCAAUUUACACCUUUAACAUUAUAAAGGGAAAAACAAUUCCUUAAAAUUGUUCAAAUGCCUGUUACCACCCUAAUAAAAACUAGCUAAACUUUCUAAUUAAAAAUAAUAAAAGGUAGCCAGGUUCAAAAAUACCUGGGUACCUUAAGCAGCCUAAAAGAACCAUUGCUGUAGACAGAAUCACUGAAUAUAAUGCUUCCAUUUUGGAAUAUUAUCUUUUUUUUACUAGAAAAUAACAAUUGUCAAAUGGGAGAACAAAGUUAUACUUUUAAUAAAAUGACAUUUUUGCAGGCAGUUGUUUUGACGGUAGAUACAGCUGCAGCUUACAAUUAAUUAGUAAAUAUGUGCUUAUUUCCUGAGUGUGUGUAAUGACUAUUUUCAUCUGUAAACAUAUUUGCAGGACUUUAUAUUUAUACCUAAAGCUCAUGUUUUUCUUCGUAUAGUACAGAGAAAAAGCCAAUGUUUGUGAUGAAAAAAAUGCAAACAGCCAACCAGGAGACUUUAAUAUGGGGAUUGUAGAUUAAAAUAAGUUUUUAAGGUUUUUUUAAAAAAUGUUUCCUGGGCAUUAUAAUAAAUUUAGCAUGCCAGAGUAUUUGCUAAUCCUGCGAGAGCGACUAAGGAGAGAAACGUCACCUCACCACAAGUCAUCUUUUCGUGCAGUCCAUGAGAGGUUCACACUCAUUGAUAAAGCAUGAUCAUUGAAAAUGCUAGUUCCUAUUAUAAAAUGCAAUUCUGCCACUUUUCAAUACAACACAUCCUCGGUCUGCACAGCCACACAUUCAUGCAAACAUAACUCGCCCUCUCUCUACCAGUGAUUGAAGAUGGAAUGUGUGUAAUUUCCAUAUUUAAAAUAAGUUUUGAUAUUACAGAUUUCCUCCACUAAUUUGUGGGGGACAGCACAUUUUAAUGACAGCUCUGACACAGUAUGAAGUUGCAGCUUAGAUAUACAAUGAAUACCUAAUUUCAGGGAUUUAUUCAGGGACUCGCCAAACGUAGGUCUAGGAACAAGGAGCCAAUGUUGAUCCAUUAACAUCACAACAUCGAUGUUCUUUUCCGGUUAUGUAUGAAUGUACGAAUGAAUGGAUGUGUGUAUGUAUUCUACCUGAUUCACUAAGUAAUCAGGAGAAUGAGGAAAUUGAAUACGAAAGAAGCAUUAGUGUUUGUGGAGCACUAAUCUCACAAAAGUCUGAACAACUGAUACUUCAUUUUUUACACUGGUUUCUUAAAAUUAUUUUUCUUGACAAUUUAAAAUUGUUUAUUUUGGGAGCAUCAGGCCAGCCCUGCUUCUGCUACUUUAUUAACAUGUAAAACUCAUGAUAUUCAUAUAUUCACUGUUAAGUAAAAAUUUCAUGAGGACAUUGCCGGGGAACAAGACACAGGAAGGAGAAGCCAAGCACCCACUUUCUUAUGCAGCUUUGGGGAGUGUGUGCCUGUUCUAGUUACUGCAGGGAGAUCACAAACUGAUCAAUACUGACUCAGGUUUUAGAAAAAAGCAAAUAUAUUUGAACUUACUUGGUUGUGAUAUUUAAUUGACAUUUUCACCUGUGUUUAUUCUCCUGUAAUGUUGAUUAUUUAAAAAUUUUGUACACUUGGUAAAGAACUAUCAAUGUCGUAAGGCUUUCAUUUGAUGAUUAACUGUUUCAAAAAUGAAAAAGCCAAGUUUCCACUCCUUUAUCAACUUUUACUGCCCGUAAAAUGAAACACAAGUUAUUUCAGAGUGAGUUACCGAAGAGCCAAAGACUUUUACAAAUAAAGGGACACAAAAUCUUAAUAUUGAACACAUGAUCAUUUCUUUACUUCUUUAAAAAGAGUACUUGAUAUUAUCUCAGAAUGAAUAUUUUUUAUAGAAUGGAGCCCCAUCUGAAAUUUUUUAGCUACCUUAGUUGUGAUUUGACCACUUGAUAAGGAUUUAAGAAAGCCAUUCGACCUCGACUGAAUCUGAGUGAAAAUGUGGAGAUCUGUUUUCUUCACAACGUGUUCUUGAAGCAAUUCUGGUUGUCCCAAGGUACUUUAGUUGACCUAAACUUUUAUAUUUUUUAAGCUAAGGAUUUAUUGCUGCCAAUAAGGAAUGAUACAAAAGCAUGGACUAUAAAAUAAUUUAGAGUAACAAUCUACAUAAGUAAAUGAUAAACAGAUAUGUUAAAGCAUAUGGAAAUAAACAUUUGAAUGUAAAACCAAAACUUUUUAUUUUAACUUUUAGUGAAAAGUGAAUCCUCUAAUACCGUUUGAAACAAACCCCAUGACACAGUAUUUUAACAGUUACUCAGUGAUAUGGCUCAGGAUAUGAUUCAUCUGAACCUACUAUGGUCCAUUAUGUAAAAGAAAAUAAUGAGUUUGUAUUUUACAUGUGAAACAGCACUAAUUAAACCAGAUGCUGUUUCUAAUACUUUAUUCAGUGAUACUCCUCAAAGUAAGAACCUUCUGCUUCAUUAAAAGACUUUUCAUACAUUUACUCAAUCUUAUAUUUAGAGUGAAUGGCAACUUAAAAGAUGCAUUGGUAAUACUUGUCUUCUGCCAUUAACAGUUUACCAAGAUAUGUAUAUUUGAACAGUGACAUUUAACUAAUAUUCAGUUCAAGUGUUUUCUCAUGAAAGUAAAAACUGUUUUUAUUUUUGCCCUUUUCAUCAUGAAGAUAGGUAACCAGGGUUGAACUUGCUGAGAUGACAAUAUCAUGCUGUAGAAACUUAAAAAAAGAAAUCACUGAAGUUUGAGAUGGGAUUUAAGGAUUUAUUGAAUGCCAACAUUUUGAAUACUAGAAAUGAUGACUGAAAAAAAGUAGAAGAUAUUUAAAAUAAAAGAUAGGCAUCUUCGUGCCUGAAAUAAUUUAAAUAUACUCCUACAAGGAGAAAUUGAUUAGAAUAAUCCUAUAUUUAUCUAUACUGACACUGAAGUGACUCUUGCUACUGAUAGAUCUAGAGAUGCAGAUAUUUAUGCAGAAACAGUUUCAUCUCAAACUGACAAUCACUUCUAAGCUCACCUGGAUCAUGAGUACCCUCUCCAAAGAGCAAACAUGCCUGACCUUGUCAUAAAAGGUAAAAAUAGACCAUUUUCUUUAGAAAUUUUGUUGUGAAUUGCAUCUGCUAUGCACAGAAUCCCUAUUUAUUGUAUAGAAUGGUGGAUUUCAAUUAUUCAAUUUCAUCUUUUUGUUUCCUCAAAAAUAAUUUUUUGGAAAACAAUGCAUGUUGCAGGCAUGAGUCAAAACUGUUACAAGAAAUAAGUCUCAGUGUUGGAAAGUUAAUGCAUUGGAUUUUUGUCUUUGUUUGGUCUUUCAAAAAAUAUUUCCCCAUCUGAACAUCAAUACAUGAAAUUAUGUUUACCAUGAUUUUGCUAUAGAAUAAAGUUUGUGAACCAAAAAAAGAGGAAAACUACUAUAUCCCUAAGGCUAUGU